CUCGUUGCACCCUACUAAUUACUGAAAUCCAUUGUUUCCACAUUCAUCUCAUUGAGAGAGAGAGAGAGAGAGAGAGAGAGAGAUCUGAACCGUUGAAGGAGAGAGAUGGCUGAUUGGGGCCCAGUUGUGAUCGCCGUACUCCUGUUCAUCCUCCUAUCACCUGGACUGUUGAUUCAGGUGCCCGGGCGAACGAGAGUCGUUGAAUUCGGGAACAUGUGCACCAGUGGGAUUUCCAUCCUAGUUCAUACCAUAUUCUUCUUUGGUACACUCACCAUCUUGGUCAUUGCCAUUGGGGUCCACAUACAUACAGGUUGAUCAGAUCUUGACUACACAAGAGGGACCUUCUUUGCUUUCAAAUUUUAAUUUGUUUUGUUUUGUUUUGUUUUUUUUUUUUUUUUUGGAAUUACAUACUGUUUUGUUUCCAAAAUUUAGAGAUUGUUAAGUGAAAUGUCAUCUGAGGUUUGUAAGUUUAUUUUCUCUUGUUUGGGGUUCAAGUUUCAGAUAUCACAAUGGGACCGUUGAUCAAUGGUCCACCUUCAUUUCAACGGCUUUUCAAUCUUUGAUAUUCUUGCAAACCUUAAUUUCAAAAAUGGUCCACUUUAAUUUGUCA